GUAGAAAUUGAACAAAGGAUUCCUCACAAAGUCCUUAUAAACUCUAGCGAUAUCCCUUGAAUUGUUGGUUAAAAUGGAUGCUACCGCAUCAUCUGAGAACUUUUCCGAAUUCCGACGCCUGGAACUUGUCAAGAAGCCAUGCCGGGCAUAAGCUAGUAACCACAGAAAAGAGUCUAUUAGUUAGCUAUAAAUGACAACACGUUGAAAGAAUCUACUUUAUAGGGUUUUUAUGAGGGGAAAAAAAUGUAUUUUUGAAAUGUUAGUUUUAGGAGGAAUUACUUGAAAAUUUUGAGUUCUUCCCUUGAAUUCACAAUAUACCAUGGUGUUAGAAUAAUAUACUUAUUUAAAUAAAUAAAUAAAUCAAUAAAUAAACAACAUUAAAUGUCGUCCACGUCUUCCUUCUCCUGUGUUCCAUCCCGCGAAUACUGAUCGAUUAAAGAGAGAGUGUGUGUGUAAUUGGAAUUUUAUAAUUUUGAAACCCAAAAAAAGAGGAGGAAUAUGAGUUCAGGGGAGGAACAGACUUUGCUAUUGGAAGAUGAACUCCUACUACAGAACAAAAAUAAUGGACUCCACACAGGAGAUGGCUCGGUCGACAUUAAUGGGACGGCUGUUCUUAAGCAGAAAACUGGAAAUUGGACAGCAUGCUCUUUCAUAUUGGGAAAUGAAUGCUGUGAACGCUUGGCCUACUAUGGAAUUGCUACUAAUCUGGUCACCUACCUUACUGGGAAGCUACAUGAAGGAAAUGUGUCAGCUGCAAAAAAUGUUAACAUUUGGGCAGGAACUUGCUACUUCACACCACUCAUUGGAGCCACUUUGGCAGAUGCUUAUUGGGGAAGAUAUUGGACCAUUUUUGUUUUCUCCACAAUUUACUUCAUUGGAAUGUGUACGUUGACUCUCUCAGCAACUAUUCCUGUAUUAAAGCCAGCUGAAUGUAUAGGUUCUCUAUGCCCUCCAGCAACUCCUGGUCAGUAUGGGGUAUUCAUUUCUGGCCUCUAUCUGAUUGCAUUUGGGACAGGUGGUAUCAAACCAUGUGUUUCAUCCUUUGGGGCGGAUCAGUUUGAUGACACUGAUCCUAAGGAAAGGGUAAAGAAGGGGUCCUUCUUCAAUUGGUUCUAUUUUUCAAUCAACAUUGGUUGUCUUGUAUCAAGUAGUUUAAUGGUAUACAUUCAAGACAAAGCUGGGUGGGGGCUAGGAUUUGGAAUUCCUGCAUUGUUCAUGGGCAUAGCUAUUGCUAUCUUCUUUUCAGGCACACCACUUUAUAGAUUUCAGAGGCCAGUGGGGAGCCCAAUUACUAGAAUGUGCCAAGUUGUGGUUGCGUCAUUCCAUAAGAGGAAUUUGGAGGUUCCCCAAGAUAGUAGUCUCCUAUAUGAAACCCAAGAAAAACACUCAACCAUUGAGGGAACCUGGAAACUAGCGCACAGCAAUGAAUUGAAAUGCCUUGAUAAAGCUGCUAUAAUGUCAGAGGCUGAGAUAAAUGGUGGGGACUUCAGUGAUCCAUGGAGGCUUUGUACUGUGACUCAGGUGGAGGAAUUGAAGAUUUUGAUCCGCAUGUUUCCGAUCUGGGCUACAGGCAUUGUCUUUUCUGCUGUCCAUGCCCAAAUGAGUACAAUCUUUGUGGAACAAGGGAUGCUGAUGGACAAGACAAUUGGUUCUUUCAACAUCCCUCCUGCUUCUAUGAUCACAAUUGAUGUUAUUAGUGUUAUUUUCUGGGUUCCAAUCUAUGAUAGGAUCAUUGUUCCAAUUGCAAGGAAGUUCACUGGCAGAGAGAGGGGCUUUUCAGAGUUGCAGCGUAUGGGAAUUGGCUUGUUCAUUUCUAUGCUAUCAAUGACAGCUGCUGCUUUGCUAGAGAUUAAGCGCUUGCAGCUUGUAAAAGAGCUUGGAUUGGUUGGUGAUGCUGCUGCAGUUCCUCUUAGUAUCUUGUGGCAAAUUCCCCAGUAUAUGUUGAUAGGUACAGCAGAGAUCUUUACAUCCAUUGGUCAGCUUGAAUUUUUCUAUAAACAGUCUCCAGAUGCCAUGCGGAGUCUAUGCACUGCUUUGGCACUCCUGGCUGCAUCUUUGGGUAAUUACCUGAGCUCUUUUAUUCUGAGCAUGGUGACUUACCUCACAACCACGGGUGGGAAGACAGGAUGGAUACCAGAUAACUUAAAUAAGGGGCACCUUGAUUAUUUAUUCUGGCUUUUGGCUGGGCUCAGCUUCUUCAACUUGCUGAUCUACACUGUUUGUGCAAAGAGAUAUAAUGAGAAGAAGGCCUCCUAAGGUUUUGACAAGAGGGGGGGCCUAGUAGCCCCAUGGGAAAAGGUUUGAUUACAAUAGUUUGUGCAUAAGCAACACUUAUUCUACUAUAACAUUAUUUCCUUCCAGGUUUGAAGGAAUGUAUAUUACGUUGGUUUAGUGCUUAUAAUAAAACCCUUUUGGUUUGAUCCUGUCCUGGUAAGAUUUGUUUUGUAAUGAUUCAGGGGAUAACAGCCAGCUUAUUUGGGUGCUUUCUUGUUGAAA